CAACAAUUGCAGUCAGUUGAGGUUGAAGCGUCUGGUUGAAUGGUUGUUGUACUUGUCUGGCGAUCAGAAAAGCCCAAGAAUUACUACAGACCGUAAUAAUAAAAGUGAAUCAAGAAGUCGUAUUAUUAGUAUUAUCCCAUUUGUGUUGUGUUGCCAUAUUCGUGUGCUCCAUUGUCCCAGGAAAAGUCACAAAAAAAAAGAGAAAAACAUCUGAAGCGAUUGCAACUGCAACAGCAAGCAACGUCAACUGUGCAACUUCAACUGUGAAGCUUUUACCCGCCCGCUAUUUUGGCGGCCUAUUGGGCAAUCGCCUCCUCGCAUGCGACUCAACUGCUUUAUAGGCCAUGCAAAUUGGCGGCAAUCUCCGGCUUUGAUGUUGCUCCAUUUACUAGCAUUUUCCUAUUACCAACUGGGAAAAGUAAACAACCGAAAUACGUGUGCAACGGCUGCGGCAACGACAGGGGCAAUUGCCAAUAAAAACGAAUUAAUUGUAAUUGCUUCUUAAGGCGAAAAGUAGUAAGUCGUUAAAACGCUCAACCGCACGCGGUUUUUGUAGCCUUGUCGAUCGGUUUCAAGUGCAUGAAAGUAAGUGCAAGUGCUUACCGAGCAAACAAACAAACAAACAUUGCAAAAGGUCAACACAUAAAUCAAACUGAAGCAGUGGGAGUCGAAAAAAGAAAAAGGAAUCGCUUGCCGCCGACAAAACAAAAGGAGUAAAAAUAACAUUUACCAGCUGCAGACACAGCAGCAACAUGUUGCCGAGAAUAACUUUUGUGUUCAUCAUCAUUUGUGGAUAUUUAUUAUUUACUGACUGCCAUGAAACGGUUCGUUCCAAACGAGCCAAGCGCCCACGAGCUCCGGAACCAGUUAAUUUUGAGCCGGAACCGCAGCAGGAUCUGGAGAAUGAUGAGAACGGCAGCCAGGAGAAGGAUCUCCCAGAGAUACCGGACAACUUCCUUAGCCCCUCGGUUCGCGAGUACCUAGAGCUGGGAAAAUCCAUUCCCGGUCGUCCUGGCGUAGACUAUCCCAUUCUGUCGGCGGUGCCGUACACCAAUUUUUAUUGCGACGAGCAGGAGUAUCCUGGGUUCUUUGCUGACAUGGAGACAAGGUGCCAGGGUUGGCACUACUGCGACAUCGAUGGACGACAGGCCACGUUCCUCUGCCCAAAUGGCACCCAGUUCUCACAGGCGGUCUUUGUCUGCGACUGGUGGUUCAAUGUCCGCUGCGAUCUCUCACCCCGGCUGUACGCCAUUAAUGCCCGGCUCUAUCAGCGCCCCAAGGUGAAUCCCACUCGGCCACAUCGCAUCAUCACCAAGCAACUCGUCCAGGACAUCUUUACCUGAGCCCCGAGUGGUCCUCCCAUUAAUAAAUGUAGCUUAAGUUUGCAGAUGCCUAUUAGUUAACACAUUACUAUAGCGCUAUAGUCUUAAGUCGUAUGAUUUGUACAGACUUCUUUCUUGCUUUAAAGACUUUGAUAUAUUUCCAAUAGUUUUAGAGACUUGUAAGAAACCUUUAAUACAAUGCAUUUGUGUGUUCUAUUUUAAAAA